CGUGCGCUCGGCGGAGGAGCUGCGGCUGCGCGCGCUGGACGGCCCGGAGGGGGCGGCGAUGCCCGGCCCCCGGCCCCCGGGCCAGCGCUGGGUGUGGAUGAACUUCGAGUCGCCCUCCCACUCUCCGGGGCUGCGGGCCCUGGCAGGGAACCUCUUCAACUGGACGCUGUCGUACCGGGCGGACUCCGACGUCUUCGUGCCUUACGGUUACCUUUACCCCAGGAAACACCCCGGCGACCAGCCCAUGGGCCUGGUCCCGCCGCUGGCCCGGAAGAGGGGCCUGGUGGCCUGGGUGGUGAGCCACUGGGAUGAGCGCCACGCCAGGGUCCGCUACUACCACCAGCUGAGCCAGCACCUGCCCGUUGACGUGUUCGGCCGGAGCGGGCCUGGGCGUCCGGUGCCUAACAGCGGGCUCCUGCACACAGUGGCCCGCUACAAAUUCUACCUGGCUUUCGAGAACUCGCAGCACCUGGAUUAUAUUACCGAAAAGCUCUGGCGCAACGCGUUGCUGGCUGGGGCGGUGCCGGUGGUUCUAGGCCCAGAUCGUGCCAACUAUGAGCGUUUUGUGCCCCGUGACUCCUUCAUCCACGUGGACGACUUCCCCAGUGCCUCCUCCCUGGCCGCCUACCUGCUUUUCCUAGAUCGAAACCUAGCUGUCUACCGCCGCUACUUCCACUGGCGCCGGAGGUACGCGGUGCACAUCACCUCGUUCUGGGACGAGCCUUGGUGUCGGGCCUGCCAGGCAGUGCAGACUGCUGGGGAUCGGUCCAAGAGCAUUCGCAACUUGGCCAACUGGUUUGAGCGGUGAAGCCACCUAGAAUGUGACCAUUUUGAUUCUCUGCUGGGCGUAUCCUUGACUGCCGCCAAUUCAUGGGACUAAAUUCUCCAGUCGCCUAUUUUUGCUCUCUGGGAUUAAGAAGAACACCACACAGAAAAGUGCAAUGCCAAGGAAAGUCAAACCUUGCAGUCACUGGAGGAGAGGCCUUGCUGAAGUGGAUGGGUUUUCUUAAAGAAAGAGAGUAUGGAGCAAAGUAUAAACCUACUGGCCAAGGAGCCAGGGAGAAAAGGCUCACACCAGUCGGUCUUAGUGACAGUGAAGCCUCCUCUAGCAGCAGCGUGGGGGGGACAAGCAGGACUUCACAGCAUGGUAACAAGGGUGUAUCUUCUGGUGAUGCUGGAAGUACCUUUGUAGAAAAAGGUGUGAAAAUAAGACGGGACUGUAUGGACUUGGGUAUCUGCACCAGGGAGAAAUUGGCGCAUGUGAGAGAUGGCAAAACAGGCUCCAGUGGAAUACCUGUGAAGCUGGUCACAAAUCUCUUUAGUUUAGAGUUGCCCCAGGACUGGCGGCUGUAUCAGUACCAUGUGACAUAUACUCCAGAUUUAGCAUCGAGAAGGCUGAGAGUUGCUUUGCUCUACAAUCAUAGCAGAUUUGCUAAGCAUGCAAAAGCAUUCGAUGGUGCCAUCCUUUUUCUCUCACAAAAACUAGAAGAAAAGGUCACAGAAUUGUCAACUGAAACUCAAAGAGGCGAGACUGUAAAGAUAACUGUUAUUCUAACCAGGGAGCUACCAUCAAGCUCCCCCAUAUGCAUCCAGGUCUUCAAUAUCAUCUUCAAAAAGAUCUUAAAAAUGUUGUCUAUGUACCAAAUUGGACGGAACUUCUAUAAGCCUUCAGAGCCAGUGGAAAUUCCCCAGCACAAAUUAUCCCUUUGGCCUGGGUUUGCUAUUUCUGUAUCGCACUUUGAGAGCAGGCUUCUCUUUGGUGCUGACGUGAGUUAUAAAGUACUCCGGAAUGAGACUGUUCUGGAAUUCAUGACUAACCUCUGCUACAAAAUUGAUGCAUCCUGCUUCACCCAAACAUGUGAGCAACAGCUGAUAGGACUCAUUGUUCUCACAAGGUACAAUAACAAAACCUAUCGCAUUGAUGACAUUGACUGGUCUGUGAAACCAACACAUACCUUUCAGAGGUGGGAUGGUUCUGAGAUCACUUAUGUAGAUUACUACAGACAGCAAUAUAAUAUUACUUUAUCUGACCUAAAUCAGCCAGUGCUUGUUAGUCUAUUGAAAAACAAAAGAAAUGACAACACUGAGCCUAAGAUUGUCCACCUGAUACCAGAGCUGUGCUUCCUAACAGGCCUGGCUGGCCAGGCAACCUCGGAUUUUCACCUGAUGAAGGCUGUGGCUGAAGAAAUGCGUCUUGGUCCUCUGGGCCGGCAGCAGCGCCUGGCCAGACUGGCUGAUGACAUCCAGAGAAACAAGGAUGCUCGUUUUGAACUGGAGACCUGGGGACUGUGCUUUGGAAGCCAAAUAUCUCUGACUGGCCGGGUUGUGCCUUCAGAAAAAAUACUAAUGCAAGAACAUACAAGUCAACCUGUAUCUGCUGCUGACUGGUCCAAGGAUAUGCGAACUUGCAAGAUUUUAAGUGCGCAGUCUUUGAAUAAAUGGUUCAUUGUAUGUAGUAACAGAGCUGAACAUAUGAUUGAGGGCUUUCUGAGCUGCUUGAGAAGAGUUGGAAGUUCCAUGGGAUUUAACGUGGGAUACCAAAAAAUCAUAAAAGUUCAAGAAAAUACAGCUGCAUUCCUGAGAGCAAUCCAGCAGCAUGUUGAUCUUGACGUUCAGUUGGUGAUGUGCAUUCUGCCUUCUAAUCAGAAGAACUAUUAUGAUUCCAUUAAAAAAUACUUGAGUUCAGACUGCCCAGUUCCAAGCCAGUGUAUACUUACUCGGACCUUGAACAAACAGGGAGUGAGGACGAGUGUUGCCACCAAGAUUGCCAUGCAGAUGUCCUGUAAACUCGGAGGCGAGCUGUGGGCUGUGGAGAUACCUUUAAAGUCCCUGAUGGUGGUCGGUAUUGAUAUCUGUAGAGAUACACUCAACAAGCAAGUGGUGGUGGUCGGAUUUGUAGCCAGUGUUAACUCCAGAAUCACCAGGUGGUUUUCCCGCUGCAUACUUCAGAGAACAGCAACUGAUAUUGCAGACUGCUUAAAAGUCCUUAUGACUGGAGCACUCAAAGAGUGGUAUAAGCACAACCACGGUUUGCCGGCGCGGAUAAUUGUGUAUCGUGAUGGAGUAGGGGAUGGGCAACUAAAAGCAGUUGUCGAGUACGAAGUCCCACAGCUGCUUAGCAGUGUGUCAGAAUCUGGCUCGAAGACCAGCUCCAGGUUGUCAGUGAUUGUGGUCAGGAAGAAGUGUAUGCUCCGACUCUUCACAGAAAGUAACCGUACUGUACAGAAUGCCCCAUGUGGCACUGUCGUGGACUCAGAAGCAACACGUCCCGAAUGGUAUGACUUUUACUUGAUCACCCAGGCUGCCUGUCGGGGAACUGUUAGUCCCACCCACUAUAAUGUCGUCUAUGAUGACAAUGGUCUGAAGCCUGACCACAUGCAGCGACUAACGUUCAAACUGUGCCAUCUGUACUACAAUUGGCAGGGCUUAAUCAGUAUUCCAGCACCAUGUCAGUAUGCACACAGGCUGACUUACCUGGUAGCACAGAGCAUUCACAAGGAGCCAAAUUUGGAAUUAGCCAAUCACCUCUUCUACCUGUGACGACUUGAACCAUUGGCAUCAGGAGAUGAAGAAUCGAAAUAGUUACUGCAGUAGACUUCGUGCACAUCUGCCAAAAGAUCGAGGCUACGACUAGGGAAAGGAGGUUGAGCUUAGGGUUAACUUCAAGGAAAAUAAAACUAAAAACAAACCUGAAAAUAUCUUAAUCUAAAAUAGUUUAAAAGAAAUGUAUGUUAUUUUAUCUUUAAAAAAUUAUAUGCUUGGAGUAAAUUCUAAUCAAGGUAUAGAGAAUCAAAAUAUACCAUCACCUAAAAGAACCCCAUGAAGUUAAGUCUUCUAAGAAAAGAAGUGUUUGUGUGAUGUUUGUGUUGAUGGUAGAGUCUAAUCCCUACUGAAGUUUUGCAGAGGUUUUCUUAAGUGUUACAGAGUAUUUUGUAGUGGCUUAAAUAAGUGUUAGAAAUAAACAAAGUUUAGAGCAUCAAAAA